UUUAUCAUCGAAAUUUCCAAGGAUCUGCUUCCUAAAAGGAAUUUUAAAUUAAAAAAAUUAGAAAAAAUUGAAAAUUUAUCGAUUUAAAAGAGAUUUUCUCUCAUAAAACUCGAAUUACCGUUGACCAAAGUCAGAAACCGACGACACUCCUCAUUUUUUAAUACCACAGUGAAAGUUGUGCGUUGUUGCGGAUCAAACAAACACAAAAUUAAUCACUUCCGAAACCUGCUUUUGCAAAACUAGCUGCAUUUUAUGUAGGAAAAAGAGAGUUGUUGCACUAAAAAUUUGCAUUUCUCGGUCUGGCGUUGCUGCAAAAAUAUGUCAAAAUAAGAAAAUUCUCCGGAUUUGCAUACGUAAACAAAGAAAUUGACGAAAAUCGUAAAAAUGUUGCCUGGAAUCGGGAUUUUUGGGACGGGUGAUGUGACAAAAGUGCUGGUGCCGUUUCUCCGGGAGAAGGGAUUUAACAUCGUCGGGCUCUGGGGACCCGUUUUGAAGGAAGCUGAAGAGGUGGCAAAGUUGCUGAGUAUCCCGUUCUUCACAAAUCGCAUCGAUGACGUGCUUUUGCGGAAGGAUGUCGACUUGAUUUUUGUACUUUGUCCGCCUUACUUGCAUUCGCAGAUUUCCGUGAAGGCUUUGGGCAUCGGGAAACACGUCAUGUGCGACAAACCUUUUGGAAUUUCUCAGUUAGAUGCACUAAAAAUGGUGAAAGCAGGUCAGUAUUACCCGUCGUUGAUCUCAAUCGUGAACUAUUCGUUGCGAUUUUUGCCCGCUUUUGCGUACAUGAAGAAAGCCAUUGCCGAUGGGUACAUCGGGGCACCUCACGAGAUCAGUUUAAUCGAUAUUCGGGUGCGAAUGGGGACGUUACUUCACAAUACCUACGAUUGGUUGUGCGAUUCGACCAUGGGAGGUGGCAUUUUGAACCUUGUUGGAAGUCAUGUCAUCGAUCUCGUGACCUUUUUAACGGACCGGAAGGCAAUUAAAGUGCACGGAGUGGUUCGGACUUACACAAUGAACACGGCGCAAGUCGCUGGGAUACGAACAAUUACCGCGCCCGACUUUUGUACGUUCCAGCUUGAAUUGGAGGGAGGCACUCUGGUCACCGCUAAUCUCCAUAGUCACGUUUCCAGCACGACUUUCAACCAAGAAGUGCUAAUUUGUGGCAGUGCGGGGCAUUUAACCGUUCGUGGCGGCGAUUUGAUCGGACACAAGCUCAAAGGGGACCCUGGCGAGUUGAAAGAGGAAGUUAUUUACUUGGAUGUGCAGGAUUUGGCGUUGCCCAAUUCGGAUACGUCACUUCCGAAGCCAUAUGUGAAGGGACUGUAUAAGAUGGUGGGCAAUUUGGCGGCAGCCUUUCAUCCGAAUAAUCAGGAACAAGUGCAAGGUACGCCGGGGCAGGUGAAUUGGAUCAAGAGUCCCGUGCAGUUGGCGGCGAAUUUCGAAGAUGGGCUCUAUGUGCAGGCAGUUCUUGAUGCGAUUCGGAAGUCAAGCGAUGAACGUGCGUGGCAGAGAGUUUCGAUUGUCUCGGAGUCGCCAAAUAAUAACGCGAAGUAUUUGCAAGCGGCACGCAUGGGAGCGAAAAUUAUGUAAAAAAAAUCUGACGUACAAAAGAAAUUUUGAAGUAUUAUUAACUUUACUUAUCAUUAAUUUUAUGAACAAAAAAAAAAUUUUUUUGAGGCGUUUUAAAUUAAAUCAAAAAGUUUUGCAAAUAAAAAUAUCUUCUGAUAAAAAAAUUGGAAAAAAAUUAAGAAAAAAUAAUUUUUUAAAUUUUAAGAAAUAAUAUAAUUAAAUAAUUAAUUUAAUUAAAAUUAAAUUAAAACAAAUAAGGCAAGUACAAUUUCAAAAAAUGUUUCACAUUAUUUUGGACCUCAAAAAGUAAGGAGGUGGGAGUAAUGAAUAAUGAUAAUGGAAAACAAUGAUAUUGAUGAUUUUUCCAUCUUAUUCACUAUUUUUAAAGAGCUUUUACAUUAAAUUGUGUGCUUUGAAGACAUUUUGCAUCUUUUGUUUUAAAAU